AUGAAGCUCUUUAGCUUUUUAAUCUUUUUAAUAUUCAAUGCGAUAUUAUGGAGUUUAAUUAUUUCUGUCAAAACUUCUACAAAGGGAAAGGGGUUGAUUGGAGAUGUUGAAAAUGAUUGUACAACAAGUGAUCAAAAUGAGAUAUUAAAUGAUGGGGCUGAAUCAUCGGUCAAUCCUCAAAUUCAAAAAUAUAAAGAAACGUUAAAACCAAAAUCCAAAAUUACAAAAAAGGACAAAAAAGGAAAUAAUGAAGACGAAAAAAAGUUGCGGAGUGCAAAAUGUAAGGCUGAAAGAAAUAAGCGAUAUUAUGAAAAGAAUAAAGAAAAAUUAUUAGAAUAUCGAAGAAAUUUGUAUGAAAAGUCGAAAGAAAAAAUACUUCAAACGGCGAGAAAUUACUACCAAAAUAACAAAGAAAAGGUUAAAAAUUAUAGAAAGAAUUAUCGUCAAAAUAAUAAAGAAAAGGUUCGAAAUUAUGAAAAAAAAUGCCGUCAAAAUAAUAAGGAAAAAAGAAAGGAAUAUCGGCGGAAAUACUAUUUAAAAAAGAAAAAUGAAAAAGAAAUUCUCCAAAAUGAAAGCUCGGAACUAAAAAAUGUUCAGACAGAAAAUAAUGAAGGAUGUUCUUUUGUUGAUAAAGUGACUGAUAAAUUUGUCAAUAAAGGUAAAAUGCCUAUUGUUAACGAAGAGAGCUUUCAGUCUGAAGACGAAAAUAUCUCCAAUCAAGACGUAGAAGAAUGCACUGAUAAAGAUAAAAUUGGAACUUCUGUGGAUGAUACAAAUAAAAAUGUUGUAGAGGGGACAAAUGAAAUUCUUGGCAAUCAGAUAAGUGAGAAAAAUUAUCGUUUUGAUCUGAACGAGGUACCUGAGGAUGAAGAUGAUACUUGA